UGCCCACUACCACGAAUCAAAAUGUCAAAUGUCAAAAUCUGCGGUGUAGGAGGUUUCCAUGCACCCUGUUUGUUUGACUCUGUGCCAUCAUGGGGUAUCCCCCGUCAAUUCUGUGGUUCUUAAUGCCUAGUUCUUAGCAGCUGUUAAUCGUCGCCUGUACUUGUCCUAUUCCUUUAAAUCUUUUCCUUCAGUCAAACUACCAACCAGAGCUGUACUACUACAGUAAUGUUAAAUUAAUAUUUGAGCCUGUAAUCAAAAAGAAAAUUGUAUUAACUGGAGUGCGGACAGCUUCAUUAAACACGUGAUGGAUUGGAUACUUGAGCCAUCGAUAUGAUCAUGUGAUACUGGUCAGCGAAUAACCUGUUUUUAACAGGUACUAAUGUACGUCUAGUACCAUAGAUGUAGGCUGAGGUUGGCCAAAGCAAUUUUCCUCGAGAUAAAUGCAAAGGCUGUGUCUGAUACUCCCCUCCCCUCCUUUCCAGAGUCUCCAUACGGACGUAACCCAUGGGUACAAAGCGAAAAAAGUUGCUAUGUCCCAUAACAAGUGGAGCUCUGUAAAAUCUUAAGAAGCUCCCCAGCCAAGCCGGUCAUAUAAACGAGUUUUAUAAGGAGCCCACCAUUAGUCAGCAUGUACUACUUCUUUCACUGCUUAUCCCCAUAGGAGGUUACAUCCCUGACCGCACAGAUAAAACAGCUUCUGUCAGUUGCCAAUCUUCCACCUUCAGUGAGGGACAUGUCGAAAACAUGGAUGUCCCUUUUCCACCACCUUCUCGGUCUUCGUCUUUCUCUUUUCCCGUCUAUCUUUCCCUCCAAGAUGAUUUUUCCCAAGCCCUCGGUUCUCUUCAAAUGACCAAAAUACUCCAGCUUUUGUAAAGUUUUCUAACCAUUGAUCUUCCACUUUCAAUUCCUCCCUAAUUUACUUAUUUGUUCUGUGCUCCGUCCAUGAUUUCCUUAAAAUUUUCAAAAUCGUUAAUUCUUUUUAUGUACCAAUAAAAUAACGAAAGCCUCUUUUUUUUUUUCUUAGUUAUUACCAAGUGAUAGUGAUCGAAUUGGCCACAGACAAUAAAGGCAAGGCCGUACCAGCUCAACGGCCAGAUUAUUACAAAGGAGAAGAUCUCAACACUUACGAUGAAGCACGAAAGAAAAAGCCCACUUUAGUCCCGUACAUAGCGGCUGAAUUCAAUGCCAUGGACUUCGAUGAUUACAAGGUUUUCACCGUGGGAGACAGCAGGCGAUCCAGUCGAGCAAAAGACAAAACUAUCAGGAGAAGGAGAAAAGAGGUCAACAGACCUUUUGAAUUUUUCAACGGUCCUUUGGAAGGGGGAACAUUAUACGCGGUGUUUCUGCGUGCCUAUGUUAACGAGGUUAGAGUUCAUCAACUGUUAUCUUAUUUGUUUAUAAUUUAAUUUAACUUUUUAAAUGUUUCGAGGAUUGUUCCUCUUUAUCAGUCAACCUUUGGUUACGAACCCUUUUGCGCGAGUGUUACUGAUAUAAGUAUAAAUUUUAAACGGCAAGGGUUUUUUUGCAGAUUGCCGAAUGACUCAAAAGUUUGUUUUUGUCCUUAGGGUUAUGAAACUGAGUAAAUCAAGUUUCAGGUCAGUUUGCCCAGGAUAAUAACCCUAAAUGGAACCUGAUUCACUCAGUUACCUAACCCAAAUCACUAACCUUCAGAGUCAUUUCGGCGGUCAGCGGCCUUGCGGCGUUCUCCAAAAUACCACGGCCCCGCAAUUUCAACAGUGGCAGACGAUUUUGUGCGCGCGGGAAAAAGUGUAAAAGAAAGAUACAAUGUUACGUAGAGUUUAAAUCUCUGUUCUUUCCUUACGGAUGGGGGCUUUAUUGAAUUGGACAACUCCUUCUACAUUUAAUCCAUUGCAGAAAGCUAAAAACUGUGAUAACCGCGGGAACUACGACAAACGGAGUGCUGAAAACCAGGAAUAUUUUUAAGACUGCAUAUUGGGUCACUUCUUGCCAUUUCCGCCAAAACUUCCCUGUUGUUAAGGCGGUCGUUUGGUAUGAUGAAUGAUCGCUAAGCGUAUUUAGCAGACUCCCUUUAAUACCCGGACAUGAUCCUCAGUUAGUAUCAAUCCUUUCUUUCCUUAUUUAACAGACCUAGCGAAGACAACACGAUAAUGGUGGCAACGGCAUGCGCAAAUCUUAAACAAAUUUGACCGAUGGUAGAACGGUUAAGUUUAGUUCUUUUUGCGUUCAGUCGCCUUCUCAUUUGACGUCGCGUUCUGAUUGCUAAAAUAAUCUGCCUAUUUUCUGCCUGAAUGAAGCGAACUCCUCUAGGGAACAAGGUGAGAGUUCCGCGGUUUUCGGCUUAACACAGGUUCAUUGUAAACAAUUUUGUUUGCAGGGUGUCUACAGCUCAAGUCCUUGGAUUGAACCGGUUGAAACAGGUAUAGUUCUUGUUUUGUAAUUGCUCUUAAGGUGAUAAGCCAAAAUUGAGGUAUAAAUGUGUUGAUUAAAGUAUCAUAAAUUGGAGAGUAUUGUUAACAAUUUGAUCAUAGAGAAAGCAAUAAUGAAAACCGUUUAACUCAAGAAUUUCUAGUUACAAAUUUCGUUUUAUAAAACUCUAAAGUACCAACGUUGGUCAUUAAAAACACUUCUGUAGAGAAUUUUCGUCGGACCACAGAAUUUCGUACGCAGACAUAAAAGUUGCAAUAACGUCUCUGUUUUUAUUUUAUUAUCGGCCCAUUUAUUGUUUUCCUUUGUUUUGUAGAUAUUGUUGAUAUAAUAAAGAGUGGUGAACGUUGUUACUCAGAGGUCAAUAGAGACCUUUAGAUACGAGAAAGAGAACGACUACGAGUACGAGAUUUGAAUUAAAGUUUUUUCGCGUGUUGUCAAAAAAUAGACACUCAGGAAUUCUUCAUUGUACUUUUUUUAACCACAAAAGUUAACACUGUUAUCGUUGUUGAAGGAGGUUGAGCCCUCUCCCAAUUGCAAAAUGCUAAAACUUCUAACAUUUCAUAACUUGUUCCCGCCACUACGACAUUCUUGCUAAAACUCGUAGUAGACUGACGACGGCUACCACGUUUCCCCGCCAAAAUAACGCUGGUUCACGCGCGAGUGCUCUUUACUAUUGAUAAGAUGUCGUACUCGUAGUCGUUCUCGUCUUAGUAUCUAAAGCUCUCUAUUUUAUAUGUAGGUGGAAUAUGAUCGUUCAGGUGAGUGUAGUCCUAAAUAGAACUGUUGUGCAUGUUGACAGUGACUCACAAGAUCUCCAUAGUGGAGUCCUAUUUAGGACUAUACUCACUUGAAAACCAAAAACGUUGGCUCGUCUAGAAGGGUGACUCUCCUAGCCUGGUCAUCCUUUUGUGAUGGUUGGGUCACCUUCCUUGGCGGGCCAACUUUUCUCCAUAUAAACACUUUUGGCUCGGCCAGCCGGGUCAACUCGGUGAAGGUGAGAUGAUCAGAGCAUGCGCGAGUGCGUUUGGCGCAGGCAAAGGGACAGCUUUUUCCUCAUAUAAACCCUCGCUAAAGUUAACACGGCUGGGAGGUUGACCCUUCUAGCAUCGACAAGUUUUCUCUAUUUAAACGGGGCCUUGUAAUAAUGAGUAUAAAACAAAAAAAGAAACGCAUGUUUGGCCUUGUGAUGUCUAGAGAGUGAGGGGGUCUUUUGUUGUGUUGAAUUUCCCUGUGGAACUGUUUUGGCGACUCUUUCACUUCUUUCAUCGGUUUUUACGAAGUUACAUAGAAAGCUGAGCCAAAAUUCGUCCCUAAAAACAGACCCAUAGUGGAGUUCGAGCCAACUAUGACCUAGUUUUCAAGGGAACAUUAAAAUGGCUAAUGGCACGUGGCAACGUUACUCAAAUAUGUCAUUUCCGAGUUACCUCAAGCCUCUGUAUCAAAAAGAGGCUAAAUACUAAGCAAUUAUGAAAAUGAUUUUUAUUCUCAUGCAAGUAAGCUUUGCACUUGCACUGGAAAUUGAGUGUUUUUGAAACUCGGAAACUAAAUGGCCUAUACUGUUAAUUUUGGGCUUCUCUUUGAUUUUCCAGCCCCCGCUGUCGUUCCAACCUCAAAACCCAGUGGUGAAUCAUCAACGAGUAUCGCUCUUAUUGUGGGACUCGUCUUAGUCAUAGUUAUUGUUUGUAUCCUGAUAUUUGUGGGAAUCAUUUAUGUCAGGUAAGAAUCCAACUGGACAUAAUGAUUUAGCGUACAUUACAAAUAAUUAAGACAAUUGAUCAAGGACUAACAAAACAGGUAAAAGCAGCAUUUUCUCAUGCCAUGAGUGAUGGAAUGUUCACAUAGGGAAUCUUGCUUCGCCUUUGUUUUUCGUGUAAAAAAUUCAGUGUGGGCAGGCUAGUAUGGUUUCUAAGGAGAGAGCCUUAACUACUUUAUUUAAUUGAAGAGGCCAUAUCAUGAAGUCAACUCCUUCAGGCCCCACGACCUGGCCACCAAACUAAUCGAAAAAUUUAAAUAGCACAGUAAAACAUAGAAAAAAGCAUGAACAGUCGACUCCCGAUAACUCGAACCUUUUAGGGAAAUCGAAAAUAGUUCGUGUCAUCGGUAGUUUGAAGCAAAUAACCGGAAGUAAGGAAAUAAGCAAGUGGAUGGGGGGGGGGGGAUGCAAUUAACAAACAAAGUAUGCAGGAAUGGACACUGAAUUUAAACAAAUAACACAAAGGAAAAUUUCUUAUUGGAGCCCGAGAAAAAGAAUGUCAAAUUUCACAAAAUUACAUCUUACGCAUGAAAGUUUCAGAAUUUUACCUGUGUUUCCAGAAUUCUGGUGAAAUUUGUCAUUCAUUUUCUUGGGCUCCCAUGCGAAAUUUUCUUUGGUGUUAUUACAAAUAACUAAGUACAUCUUUAACCCUUGAAAAAUGUCAAAAAGAAUGCAAUAUUCUUUAAAUUAUUCUGGCGCAAGACUUUUGUCCACUGAGAAUUACAAUUACUCGAUUUCCUGCCGUGGAUUCCGUCUUAAAGUCUGUAAAGUAACACCAAAAGUUAAUGAUAUAGGGCGAGGUUUAGGAUAUUAAAAACAAAGUGGACUAAGCUGCCCUUAUAAAGCCAUGUCGCCGAUUGAAUGACACCUGUAGAAGAGUUAUUGCACAACCUGAUCACCGGUAGUUAAAGAGACGUUGGUGGUUUACAAAUUAACAGGUGUUUAGUGACUCGAUAGGGAAUCUCCGUGAAAUUUUCGGUAACAUGGACAAUUCCUUUUCUUUCUCGUUGUUUACUUCUAAAAGUAGAAAUGGCGUGAAAUGUUAAUCGUCCGGAUCAUCCCAGUCGUUGUAAAGAUUCGAGUUAAACGAAAAAUCAAGCUUGAGCGUGAAAACCUCAACUGGAAAAUACUUUGGUUUUCUAAUGUAAAUCAUGUACGUAUUGUCUUGUGUCUUGCACGUGGGUUUUCACACCCUGUGUGCACCUCCUUUGUCUUCUUGAUCAAGAAGGGUGGAGUUUUCAGUUUCAGUUAGCAGCUUCUUUGUGGAGCAACCAGUUUAAAUCAUAUGACAUUGUUGUGAUGAAGCGCAAUUUCUUUUUGAUGUAUUUAAAACAUGUACGCUUCUUAGGCGGGCCGGUGAUUCCCCACGGCAUGUGUAUUAAAGCUGGAAUUUUUCCUGUAGUUGAAGUAAUUGAAGAGAGCGAUUUGUUGCUUUUAACCACAGGAGAAAGCGGACGGCUUUCGACAGGGUAAUGGAUGACAGAGAUGAUUACUCGAACGGCGAACCGACGAAGAUGAAGAAGUUAAGCAGGAAACGGCGAUCUAUGCAGAAAAGACUGAUGGGCAGUACAGAAUCGCUGGACGGACUGGACGACUUGGCUGCAAGCAGAGCAAGUGAGAGUUAACCUAGUAACUUAACCCUUUAAAUCCCAACACCAACAUACAAAUUCUCUACACUGUUCGCCAUACAUUUCCUUAAACAAUUGCUUAAGAGAGUUUGAUAACAGAUCGAAGCAUUUCCCCUUUAGUAAUCAUUAAUCCACUUCUCAUAACCAACAACAAUUUCAUAGCUGAAUUCUGAAGGACUUACGGCUUCAACUAUUUUUCUGAAAUUUAUUUCGCAUACUUUUUAUGUCAAAAAAAGCUGAUACCGAUAAUUUCAGCCAAAAAUAUCCGCUAAAUUGUUCACUAGACGCCAUUUCCCUCGAAAAAGUCGGGGCCGUUUAAGCGCUUAUUUUUUCUCCAGUACAAUCGAAUUUUUUCAUAAUAAUUGCCGAAUAAUAGCUUUAGUUUUUAAAACUAAAAUGCUUUUUUAAUUGUUUCAUUUUCACACUCGAUUGACAAACAAGUCGUCCAUCUUUGUCAAUUGUUAGAUUUGAGGUAAAUCCCCAGUUAUUUCGAUUUUACUAACUGAGUGUGUUCCCCAGCAUCUGUUAAAGUCUAAAAACCGACACAAACGUAUCUUUUACGGCGUUCAGUUUACAGCCUUAAAUGCUCAAGUUGUUGAUUCGGCGUUUGCACUGUAUAGCCUGGUUUUCGUUAGCGAAGUGAGGCUAAAAAAGAAAGUAUAAGAGCAUGCAACGAGCUCCCAACGCAAGCUUAAGCAGAAGAACAAAAAUUAAUUAUUCUGAGAUUUCUAGAUGGAUGACUUGAAUCGGCUACCGGAAAAGCGAAUGUCAGGCCACAGUUGUUCAAAAUUAGGACACCACUAUCUAGUUGGUAAUUAAUGGGUGGAUACAUUUAAGGGAAACCAAUUGCGUUAUCCGCCAAAUAGAGAUUAAUCCAGUAGCUAACUCUAUCCAUCUUUCGAACAUGAAGCCACGAUGCCUUCAGAAACCCGCUAUUCGCCAUUUUCACAUUGCCCAUAAUACACCUUCCUUGUUUAAACCCAAAAUUUUGCACAAGAAUUGUCUUCAACUUCUGUUAUUCAGUGAAAGCGAAAACCUUGCCUAUGCAAAAUUUUGAGGGUAAACAAGGUUUGUUUUGGGUAAUGUGAAAACACCCCUGUUGGUGUUUUAAAAGCUUUGGACGUUCUUUGCUUGAGCUUGCAUCGCUAUUAAAAAUAAAAAUAAAAAAUUCUUAACGGACUUGUUUGAACAGAUCCUACGAAAAAUCCCCUGUAGAUCGGUACAAGUUUUUCGUUAAUCUGGCCGUUCAUUAUGAAGUGCCGAGGAACUCUUGUUUCCCCCCUCAACCCCCAAUGGACUUGAUGCGUUUCUGUUAUGCCUUAGUAUGAGCUGCUUUGCAUACGACAUUUAGCGCUCCCUCAACAUCCCUCUGUUGGCUUUUUUACUUACAACUUCGUUCGAGGAGAGUCAUAUGCUGACGUCCUCUCAAUCGCUAACUACCUGCGUUUCGACGCCAGGAGUGGCCUUUCAAGUAAAAAGGCCUCCGAGAAGAUCUGCCUCUCAACAUCUCGUUUACCCCACCUUUCCUCUGAUAGUAGAGCAAACAAAACCACGCAAACGUUGCGCGUUUUGAAUGUGCUUAGACUUCCAGUGUUAUAAAAACAGUUUCCGGCCAGUCCGGUGGUAUGUGGUGUUUUAGGACCCAUGUUGCUAGGUAACUUUUGCAACACAUUUGCCCAGUAUUGAUAUGUAUUUCUCCACAAAAGUUUUGAAGGCAGUCUACUUGAGAGCAGUUUUCAAGUCGCUCGAUUGGUCAGCAGUAUUGGUGAUCUAGUAAAUUGCGACCUAAUCCUAAAUCGGAUUUAUGUUUAUUAGGGCGGCAACCUGUACCAAUAGAUGACUUUGAAAGACAUGUUGACAGAAUGCACAUGGAUGGAGAUCAUGGAUUUUCUGACGAAUACGCGGUAUGAAUAGAUAUAUUCAUUUCCUUCCUUGAAGACCUAGGCAGCGUGUGACGCAAAUAAAGCUAAAGGAACGCUUAUUUACAGAGCCCAAAAGUGUGACCUCGUUUAAUUAAUUCACCUUCUUUCAUACGGACAUUAAGCAGUCAGAAGUCGAGGACAGUUUCAAGCUGACUUCUGAUUGGAUCAAAUCUGCACGAAAGAAUGUGAAUAAGUCAAAAGCAGUCACACUAGCCUUUUGGGAUCCUUGCUGUAAACGAAGUCUAUUUUAUUAAAGCCACGAUUUAACAAAUCUUUGAUCUCCAUAUCUCUUCCUUAGUGAAUUAUUUUAAGAAGAUAAAUGCUUUCUCUAGUCGUGCUUUAUAUGCUUUCAUAAAACUGGUCAGAAAAAAUGGUAUUUACGUAAAACCGUUGGGCAAAUUAAAAAUGUCUUAGAACGCGGUUUUGUUAAACACAAGUACGUUUAAAUAAAUGGCCCAAAACGCUUACACCGCACUUGAAGGCGUCUCUCCCCUUUCCUUUCCUUUCCUUUCCUUUUUUCUUUCUUUCUUUUCUUCCUUUGUUUGUUUGUUUGUUUGUUUUUUUUCGUUCUUUCUUACACUCUUUUUUUUAAUGGGAGUUCGCUUUAAAUUUAACGAACACAAAUAGUCGGUGAAUGUUCAAAUUAUGUUUUCAUUUUUCACCGAAUGACAUGUUUCUGUCGAGUCCACAUUUACCACUUACAAACCCUUAAAUUCUCUAAGCAGUGAGUACAUGCAUUAGAAUUAAAAAGAACAAAGUUAAAUCGACUGCUUAUUAGCUAAGUAUCAACUGACUUUGAGGAGAGACAGUUACAACCUUAAAUCUGAAAACCUUUGUUUACCUUUCUAAAAUGUCUCACGUUUGAGCUCGAUCAACACUGUAGUUUGUUACAUUUGAAACUUGGUUGACCUGUGACACAUUGCUAAUUCUACGACGGUACUAGGUUGAAACUUGGGCCUUCUUUGACUAUUCAAGAUCUAACGAAAUCCUUUGCUUACUCUUUUGCAGCUUGUUCAACCAGACGAAGACUUUUCGUUUCAACAAUUCUUGAAUCCCGCCAACAAGUACAAAAACAGAUACGCUAAUAUUGUUGCAUGUAGGUGCUGUUUGACAAUAUUCUAUCGAACAGUCUCUGACCUUGGCUAGCUGUUAUUAGGAUAUUGCUGUUUAGGUCAAUUCUGCGCUGAAAGUCAUUACUUCGUGCCUUCACCUAACACAAAAUACUCCUGUAAAGAUGUGAAGUAGACAUCAAGCAAAUCUUAUCAGGGAGCACUAACCAUAAUAAUGUUUUGCUGAUUCUUGCGGGCAUAGCAUUAAAACUUAAAAAAGGUUACCCUAACUGUUUCAAGUUAUCGAUGUCCAUCCUUAAAAUCUGUUACAAAAGACAACUGAAAAUGGCUAAAUGUAGUCUUAAAUGAAGAGAGCAAAUAGUGCGACAGAGUCCCAUUAAGAAAAUGGAACUGGAUAGAAAAGCGGUGUACCGUAGUUCCUCAAAUAAUAGCCGUCCAUCGAUUAAUAGCCUCCCUCGAAUAAUCGCCUCGUUUUGACGGAAAUGUUUAAAAAUCGCCUCCCUCGAUUAAUCGCCCUUCCCGCCCGUCACCCCUAUAGGUUACUCGCUAGUGAUAGCCAUAGCGGUAAACUUGAAGGAUGAAGCUAAAGAGGAGUCUGAUCCAACAAAACUGAUCAGUGACGAUUCAGGUUCUGACGCCGAGGACAUUAACAUUGAAAAUCAAUCAGGAACCAAAUUUGGAACACUUUAAAUGCCAGUGUUCAGUUUAUAUGACGUGAUUAUUUUUUGAUUUAAUAGAAAUAGAACAAAACCUUUAGGGCACUGCGUCCAGUGAACAAUACUUGAAACAGUCGCCUCCCUCGCAUAAUCGCCCCCUUUUGGUGCGAGAAAAGAAAUAAUCGCUCUCGGGUAAUAUUUGAGGAAAUACGGUAUUCCUCAAACCAAAUCAGCCUCUCUUUUGCGCAUAAUCCGAUCAAGAUUUUGAUGUCGUAAAUUGGGCCUUGCUGUGAAAGGUUCGCUAAUAUUAGACAACGUCUUGCUGUUAUAGCCAACACCUUUGUCCAAUUGAACGAAACACUAUGAAUGUUCUCCCAUGUGAUAAUUAUUGAAUAGAAUAUUUUCUCGACUUACUAAAAAAGGAUUUUUAGUAUUCGCGAUGUGGGGAACUUCAUCUUCAUUGUAACAGGUUUUGUUAGGAGCAAGGUUUGAUAAAGGUAAACAAGAGGUAAUUAUUCUCUGUCUAUUUCCUUUGCAAGAUGAUCAUACCAGAGUCCUGUUGAACCCGAUCGAAGGCAUUGCAGGUUCGGACUACAUUAACGCCAACUUCAUUGACGUAAGUUGAAUGAACACAUCUCUCUGUUUUUUAGUUUAAACCAAUAUAGCUGGUUAGUGAUAUAUUUAGCAGCAUGUCUAAAUGGCCUGAUAUGUGGGCAUCCAUUGGUGAGUUCCUUAAUUUCGUAGAUAUAUCCUCCGUCAACUUCCUUUAGUCAACAGGAACAACGCGGGCAUUAAAAACAACAACAACAACAACAACAACAACAAAAACACACACAUAACAAGAACAACUGGGUUGACCUUUGAAGAGGUUUUUCUGGGCCGUCUCUAGAUGUACCGUAGUCAUAUCCUGGACAUAUACUGGAUUUAAUAUUAGAGAGCUUUAGAUUUGAUGACGAGAACAAGUACGAGUAAGAGAUUUAACUAAACGUUUUUGCGCGUGCCCUAAAAAAAAAGAAAGACACCCCAGAACUCUUCAUUUUACCUUUUUUUCGCCAAAAAAGUUAGUCUGGUUAUUUAUACUUAAGGAGGUUAAGCCCUCUCCCAAUAGCAAAAUGAUACAACUUCUUACAUUUGAUAACUUGUUCCCGCCAAUACGACAUUCUCGCUAAAACUCGUUGUACAAUGACGACGGCUAUCAAGUUUUCCCGCCAAAAUGACGCUGGUUCACGCCUGAGCAAUACUCAGUAUUGAUGAAAUCUCGUACUCGUAGUCGUCUUCGCGUCAGAAUCUAAAGCUCUUUAUUUGCCCUUGGAAGAAGGCGCUGUAGGUUGUCAAGUAUUUUGUCCUGUAGCAUGUUGUCACUCCACGUAUUUUAAGCCCAACAAGAUCGGCUAAAACGGUGGAGCGCUUGACUGUAGAACGGGAGGUCGCCGGACCAACACUCAGGGUCUUAAAAUAACUGAAAAAUGAAGCUACUACAGUACCUUUGUCCUGCAAACAGCUAGAUCUUCGCGUGGCUCGGAUGACUACGUAAAAUGGCGGUCCCGUCUCCAGAAGGAGACGUACUUUAGUGCUAAAUACAUUGACACUCAAAUAAAGUGCUUUUUUCCCGCUACAAUUUACCAUGAACUGACUUUAUCGUUUUGUUUUAGGGUUACAACCGGCAGAGAGCUUACAUAGCUGCACAAGGUACGACAUCAUGUGCAGUACUCCUAUUAUGAUUCACAAUGCAAUAAAUUCUCAUACAUUUUCCCAAAUGCCUUUUUGUAGGUCCGUUGAUGGAGACAUUUGAUGACUUCUGGCGCAUGAUAUGGGAGCAAAUGUCUUCAGUCAUUGUCAUGUUGACAAAAUUGGAAGAGAGAGGGAGGGUAAGUUAUAUUUUUUGUGCCAAUGAUAUAGUCAGAGCUCCUUUGCCCCCUCCCCCAUCCAUUCACACCAAUAGUACUGUUCUUUGUCUUCUACAAUAAUCAUUAGUGUGUACUGUUUACUUUACUGCUGUGUUUUAAAAUCGCGCCGUCUGUCACGACUGUAUCUAAAUUUGUCGUGUACCGAGGAUUAGUGUAAUAAGCGAAUGCCCUGCCAACUUUAUAAUAUAACCAUCCUGUUGAAAGCUUAUCUUUUUUAUUAAAGGGAGUGAUGAAAACAUUUUUUUUUUUUCUAGACGACCCAACGUUCUACUGAGACUCGGUUGCUUGUUAUGUAUCACCCCUUGCUUUAAAUGACUCCACCGUGUUUCAAUUGGCUUCUCGUGUAAAAGGGAUCUCUAAAUUGUGCCAGUCGGGUCCCAAGUUUGUCAAAAGGACAGCACUAUCCAGUAGAUAGAUCACUUUCCACUGGAUAAGUUUAAGGAAAACAAUUUGCGUUAUCUGCUAGACGGAGAUUAAUCCGGUGAUUUUGGAGCCACGAUGCCUUCAGAACCCUCCAUUUGCCAGUUUCGCUGCGUCUGUAGUUCAUCCUGUUUACCCCUAAAGUAAAAUGAAUCUGACGUGUUUAUUUCGCCUUCACUCUUUUAAAAGAAGAACUGUUGAAGUACCGUAAAGUUCCGAAAGUAACGACCCUCGUUACUUCGGCUUUAAGACCCUUCUGCGAUCGCUACUUUCGGAGGCUCGCUUCUUUCUGAUGGCUAAGACGUGUACUCCACGUAGCACUUCAAAAAAUAAAAUCGCAAAAAAUGUGAAAGGAAUACUUUUUGAAAAAGGGCAGUGUAUAUCCCGUACUUUAAGAGGUAUGAAUAGGAGUGUAAAAUAAUCAUUAUUAAUAAACCUCGGAUCACUGUGGCAUUUGUUCAGUAUAUCUAUUUUUUCCAGAAGGGAAAUUAGUUUUGAGGUCUCUACCUUCAGAGGGUCGUUAUUUUCGGGGGGGGGGAUCGCUAUUUUCGGGAUUUGCUAACACCUGAGACAUUUAAUCGCUAGUUUCGAAAGGUUCGCUAUUUUUGAGGGGUCGUUAGUUUCGGAACUUUAAGGUAUCGAUUUUUAUUGCAAAGCGGUUAUUGAUUUAAGGUACUCCCACUGCCUAUGGGUGACAUUAGUACGAUUUAUUCUCUUCCUUAGCGAAAGUGCGAUCAGUACUGGCCUGAACGAGGAAUGAAGAAUUAUGGUCCAAUACAAGUCACCUUAAAAGAAACUCUCAACAUGUCUCAUUAUACUUUGAGAAAAUUUAUUAUAACUCACAAACUGGUAAGCUGCUUAAUACUUCUUGGUUUUCCAAAAAUUCCUUUACGUCUAUGACCAUCAUACGUGUUCCCCUUUGGUAGGCAGAGAGACACAGUGGAAUAACUUAUGUUGUCAAUUUUAUACAAACCACUGUAUUUUGUCACCCCAUUGUCGCGCCUUUGUUCACAGGGAUGCGGUAAAUGCCUAUUCUUUGUGUGGGCAACACGAUUACCGUUGUACUAUGUACAAACGUAUAUUGUUGUAUGUGUGUGCAAGCUUAUAAAGGGCUCACGCAUACAAAUGACAUACAUGCCGUAUGUACUCGAAAGAGCGCUCUAAAGUGAAUGCCUCCCACCUCCCACCGCCCGCCCCAAACGCGCUGAAACAUACCCCACUUUCCAUCACUUUCUCUCGCCUCCUUCUUAAGUCUUAUGGAAUUCUUACCAGACCAGCAUAAAUGUAGGUCAGUUUUAUAUCCGUUACGCGUCAUUAUCUAACUCCGUAAGUUUACAGAGACAGACCUGUUGCCCGAAAGUAAAUAAAGUUCCAUUUGUUUUGGGGAGUUUAUGGGCGCUUUCUCCACCUCUGCCUCCCCCACCCCCCCCCCCCCUCCCUCCAAACCAACACACACCCACUUUAUUAGGGGCUAUCAUUCAAAUAAGCGCCCAAUACAUCCAGAAAAUACCAUACUCCCUUUCCUGUUCUGGGGCAAUUGAAAAGGAACUCCCUUUAAACUGGGAGAAAUCAAAGAAGAAAAUGCUAGUUGAUCAUGAGUAGCAAGUUCACAAAUAAAUCUUGUGUUUCUGUCAUUUUAGUACCCAGGUGACGAUCGUGUCAUUAAGCAGUUUCAUUUUACGGCGUGGCCGGACCAUGGAGUACCAUCUCACCCCACCCCGCUGCUUUCACUUGUGCGUCACACAUUUUCCGCUAACCGAGAAUCCGUUGGACCUAUGGUGGUGCAUUGCAGGCAAGUUAAGAAUUACUUAAAUCGUUCUAGAAUACGCUAAUUAUUAGGGAGCUUUAGCAUCGACGACGGUAACGGCCGCGAAAAUGUUAGUUUUAAAAUGAAUUCCCGUUUUUUCAAUCUUUGUCGCGUUUAUUCCCAUUUGCUGAAAAUUGCAAAUGUAGGGGAAUUUCCCUGGGGUUGAUUUCUUGAGGACCGCAGUCAAGUUUAGAGAGAGAAAAAGAGAUUCGUCGUCGCUUGUUUACGUCCGCCAUAAAACUUGCAAUUAGGCAUUUUCACUUCGUAGUCGUGCAAGGACGGUAAAGAAAUGUACAAAAAAUCGUGAUGCACGUGCAAAGUUGUUGUUUUGCGUAAUAAACCUAUUGCUUUUUUGACGUCCUCGUUGCCGUGGGCGUCGUCGUUGCUAAAGCUCCCUAUUGGCUGUUAGUGUGCGGGUAUGAAUCUUAAGUAAUUUACAAUAGACCUUAUUCACGAUGCCCGCCAUCUUUACACGCGCUUAAGAAUUGAUUGGAUAAAAGCGAUGUCACGUGGUUGCUCAGGGAGAAAGCAAAAGAUAAAAUCCUGCCGAUACAAGAAAUCGCGGUCAAGUUUGUUUAUUCUAGGCAACAGAUAUGAAAAACGUUUCAUCUUUAAGACGAUAAUGGCAAACUAUUUGUUGGCUUCACUCUAGAAGCGAAGUUGCUUUCAAGUAAGCACUUGAUUCAAGUGCACUUGACAAUCUUAAAGAUGCUCUGUAGAAAACAUGGCUUCACACUUGAUGAAAAAGUCUAUUACUUGAAGUAAAAGCUGCCAGUCUCUCCGUUCAUUAGAAUCUUGGAAUCGCUGCACGUGCACAUCGUGCUCCUGGCUUCCAUUUGUUAUCGGUCAAGUGUGUUCUCAAGUGUGGUGCAGACCAUACUUUAGGACCAACUUCGGCUUCUUUGAACUACGGACGUUUCCAUGUUCACCAAGUAAAGUUUAAGUAGAUACAUUUUACCCCUUCACACUCAAAGUAGGUUCCAAGUACACUUACAUUAUACUUGAAGCACUAGUUUGAAGUCAACAAUUGUUGGAAGUGAUCAUUGUUACAGUAGCGACCUCAGGUAUUCGUGUCAUUCAAUGGUCAGCCUCACACCGAUAACCUGGUUCGUCAUCAGUACUGUCACUGCUGUUAAGGUGAAUUUCGAAUGUGGCAUAAUUUUAACUUGGGUGCCUACGUAUAUUUGACGCGUGUAAAUAAACUAGAGGCAAUAAUGUAUCAUCGCCCGUAAACGUAAACGUUAAACAGAAGAAAUGGUACAACAGCGCGUGAAUCACAAUCUUGCGCAAAAUUGUUCUUAUGCGAACAACAGCCUUUAUGGGAACGUUUCCACGUGUUCGCGGUUAGUGUGUACUAGCCUAAGGGUGGAUUUCGGCUGUCGCGCAUGUUUUACGGGCGUAAGAGUUAAAUGUACGUUUACGUGGGGACUUUCACAGAUUGCCUUUAUCUUCUCUACGCGCGUAAAAUAAACGUGCGUACGCACGUAGAAAUUACGUCACAGUGAAAAUCCACCUUAACAGACUGUGUUUUGUUUUCCUUAGUGCGGGUGUAGGCCGAACCGGUACGUUUGUCACACUUGAUGUCAUGUUACAGAGGAUUAGUUUGGAAGAUAGUGUAGACGUGUUUGGUUUUGUUCGUCAAAUGAGAUACCAGAGAAACUUCAUGGUUCAAACUGAGGUAAGUGGUGGACGCCCAAGUCACUUUUCUUAAUGAUAACGUAAGACUAAUAAAUCUUUAAAAUGAGUUACUAAUAAUUGCUGCAUUAUUUACAGGCUGAGUAUGUCUACUGUGUUUAAGGUUGAUUGCCACUGUCGCGAAAGUUUUUUGUGCGAAUGCACGUAAAAUUUACGCGCGUAAAUAAAAUAGAGACAAUGUAUGGAAGGUCACGCGGAAACGUAGAAGUUGAACCUCGCUCAACUUUCACGUUUACAUCGAGAUUAACACUGCAGAAAGAAGUCAAGCGGAUCACAAGAACAGUGCGAGACAUUUAAGAAAAUGGCCAUAUUUUAUAUUUGCUAGGAUCGCACCUUGUUUUGUUGGAAAUAGGUUGUCGCGGUGGCGUGCAAAGCACCCCAACUGUGAGUCUCACAUACGCAACAUAUGUUUACAAUUUAUUUGAGAUGAAGAAAAUGUCUGUAACAUUGUUUUCUGAUAUAGUUCUACCCUAAGUACAAACCCGAACGUGUGCAAAGCCAAUGCUCACCUAGCCUGGUCAUCGCAUGAAGAUGACUACCAUUGCAGAGCAAAACGCAAGCAGAAUCCAACGAUAGAAAGGAAAUUUACUUUGUCUUUGCUAUGGACAUUUGUCUUAGGCGCAGUACGUUUUUAUUCAUGAUGCCCUUCUCGAGGCCAUCACCUGUGGAGUCACGGAAGUCGAGGCUAAAGACCUGGGUUCCCGCAUACGGGAACUUCGUCAAUUUGACCCGGAAACUGGCUAUACUUACUUGGAAAACGAGUUUUGCCGGUUGGCUAAAGAAGAGAAUCACCCCAUAGCUUUCAAGAGUGCCAGUCUUAAUUGCAAUGCUGCGAAAAAUCGAUACGCAAAUAUUCUACCAUGUAAGUAUUUCAUUGCUGAUUCUGAUGAGUGCUUUCAGAUAAGGCCUUCUAAAGGUUUAAUGGAUCAUUUGUCUGUUAUGGGUUUUAAAUUGCUUAAUCGAUUAGCUUAUUCAUCACUAAGGAAACUUGGUUGAUUGCUGGUGCAAAUGCUUCAAUGGUUUAGAAGUAGAAGCAUAAACAAGAGCAUAACCGCUGGAAAACUAGGUGUAAACCGGUGCGAUGCAAGCGCUAACACGAGGAUAAGAAUGAAAAAAAGGAAACGUUUCUAUUCUCCUUUGGUGGUGACAAGUCGUUUUUUGGUCGUUUCUGUAACCAGGUCGGCGCCAAGUAAAACUUGGUGUUCUUGACGACUCUGCUCUAGUUUGUGCCAUGUUGGAUCGGUUCUUUGUCACCAAAAUAAUGGAGCCAAAGAUUUAUUUUUAUUUCCUUUUACCUCUGCUUAUUCUUGGGUCGCGUACCUUUUAGCCAGAUUUGCUAAUACGUAUGCCUGCACCAAGUAACCCGGCUUUUAUUAAGAGUAUUAUUGGAUGAUGUUAUUUUCUUUUUACAGUCGAAAGUACGAGAGUCCAUUUGAAGAUGAGACCAGGGGAGAUGGGAUCUGACUAUAUUAAUGCCAACUUCAUUGAUGUAAGUUGUAUUUUUAAAAGGAUAUACACGAAAGCGUGCUUUCGCAUUUGAAAGAUUUGUAGAGCUAGAUGUGUUCGUUAGAAAGCGAAAAAUUGGUAAGAUCGUAGUUAUUGCUUGUCUGUUUCAGGGCUACUGUCAGCCUAGAGCUUACAUAGCAACCCAGGCGCCAAUACCGGACACUUUUGAUGACUUUUGGCGAAUGAUUUGGGAACAGGAAUCCGCCACUGUCGUAAUGCUGACGAGAGAGGAGGAGGCUGGGAAGGUAUGAGUAGGCCUGGGAAUAGGAUACGUAUCAACCAAUCAGUAGGUCUCAAAAACAGGCAAUGCUUUUUCGUGUACAGUUUUAGCGUUGCGUGGACCUUUGUUGACUUACGCAUUGCCGCACGUUCUGUAUAAAGAUAGUGGAUACUUGAGUGCAUCUUUACUAAACUUUAUACUAAAUCUGCAGAAAAAAAUUGUUCGUUUCCAGAAAAGGCCUAUUUAAUCAUACAGUCGAACCUCUCUAAUACGGCCACCGAAGCGACAGAACGAAGUAGUGUCCGUAUUAGAGAGGUGUCCGUAUAAAAGAGGUCACUAUGAUGACGUCAUUUUUAUGACUCCACUUACCGUUUUAAGUGUUCAGUAGCUAAAACCAGGCUCACCUCGUCUUUGAACUGCAUUUAAAGUUAUUAUUUCACAGUACAAAGACACUGUCUUUCAUUAGCAUACAACAUUGUACAGGGCAAUGCUGCAUGUAAAAAGUUGUAACGUAAAGCACGAUUCUGAAAGCGUCUUUCGCUAUUUUGCAAGUGCAGUAAACAGUAACCAGAGUACAAAAUGUAAGAGAAAAGAUCUUUAUGCUAUCUGUAGUUACUGAAGCCUUGAAAAAGUCGGUUAUGUUCCUCUGCGUUCUCCUUUCGAAAAUCUUUGUUUGGUAUACAGCGACUGGGCUUUAUAUCACCUUGCAUAACUCCCCAGCCAGACUGGACGGAAUUCACCCUGUGGAGAUUCGUCUGAUAGGGAUUCGUAUUAUAGAGGUUUUUUUUUUUUUUUUUUUUUUUUUUUAAAAUACAUGAGAAUUUUGUCGGGACAUUGGAAACUGUCCGUAAUAGAGAGGUGACCGUACCUAGAGGUUCGACUGAAUUCCUAACUGGUGUAAGGAAACCUAUUGACACUAAUAACCUUUUGAAUUGUGUUUUUAUUUUCUACUUUUUAGAUAAAAUGUCACAGAUACUGGCCAUCCGAGGGAUCUCGCCUUCACGGAGGUAUUCUCGUUGAACUGAUGGAAGAAGGUUCCUAUACUGAUUACGUGGCCAGGAAAUUUAAAAUGACGCACACAGAGGUAACAUGAAAGCAUACUCGUAUGUUUUGUUCUUGAUCGCUGGCGACUCACAUAAGCAGUUUUACAACUGGGUUCAGUUGCAUUUAUCUUAUCGUUGGAGUUAGCAGCAGCUAACGGCCAAUGUUCAGCACGGAAAAGCCCUUUUUUUGUCUCCCGAACUUAGUUAUGUAACACGUUUUUAGAUAAUGACUACCAUUCCUAAGAGAUCCAUUUCGCCAGUACAAGUUGCAACACAGUCGAACCUCCCCGUAAGCGACCACUGAAAAUGCGAAGAGUUAGUGGUCGCCUACGGGAAUUAAACCACAUGGGCUGCCUUCUUAGAGAUGGUCCAAACACAUCUGCAUUUUGGCACAGAAUUCGUUGCCUGCGAUUUCUAAGUUACGACGAUAGGUGUAGUUUCAUGUUGUCACUAAAAGUCGCAUUCUCUUAGUUGUUUUGUACAUACUACGAACAUGGAGAUCAAACUGUGCCUUAAAUGGUCACUUACAGCAGAAUAAAAAGGAUGGAAAAUUCGUCAUCCAAGGAAGUUGUCUCGGUCGCCUACGAGAGGUUCUAACUGAAGUGAUUUCACUGCGAAAAUCGUGGUGUUUUGGAUGGGUGGUCGCUUUUGGCGGGUGGUCGCUUACUAGAGGUGGUAGUCGCACAUUGUAUAAACUUCGGAAACCGUUAAUUGAGUCGCGGUAGAAAGCAACGUCUUCGUUUUGUCUGUAGGUCCACUAAUCAUCGUUGCGGUUGUCAAUUGUAGUUUGAGGUGGUUCUGUUGGUUUUAUAUUGAUUGAUUGAUUGAUUGACUGACUGACUGACCGACUGACGGACGAAGGAACGGACGGACGGACGGAAGGACUGACUGACUGAUAGAUUUAGUGAUUGAUUAAUUGAUUGGUUUGUAUUUAGUUUAAGGAAUCUCGCACAGUGACACAGUUCCAGUACAUUGAUUGGCCAGACACGGGACUGCCGGACUCUGGAGUUGGGAUUGUGGAUCUUAUCGGGCAAGUGCAGAAGUGGCAACAGCAAAGUGGAAACACAAUUAUCGUUAUUCACUGCAGGUAAAACGCUGAAAUUAAGAAAACUGUGAACAAACAUAUGCUGGUGAUUUAAAUUACCAGUGUGAUUUUUUUUCUACGCUUAGCUUCUCUCUCCUUACUUCAUGUGGCCUUCUUUACCCGAACGCUUCGAUCUGUCGCAAACUUACCUCUCCGGUACAUGACUGCUGAGCGGAAAGUCGCGGGUUCGAUCUCUGGGGCUAGAACACUACCCUAAUGGCUAGACCUUCGCGUGGCUCGUAUGACCACGUAAAAUGGCGGUUCUUUAGUGUCCUCAAUUAGUACUUUCGUGCUUAAACAUUGACACUCAAAUAAGGUGCGUUUCGUUUUUCCUUACACACGUUUUAUACGGUUAUGAUCGUAGAUUUCUAAUGGGUUUACUUGUCUUUUUAGUGGCGGUGUUGGUCGUACAGGCGUGUUUUGUGGCAUUAGUAUGAUGAUCGAACGAUUGAAAGCCGAAGGAGUGAUUGACGUGUUUCAAACUGUUCAAGCAAUGAGGCUUCAAAGGCCCGCCAUGGUGCAAACGGCGGUAAGUUAAUUUUUUAGAUAUGUGGAAAGUAGAGUCACGAAUUUUCAGUGCUGGAGGAGAGUGAAAAAAUCAGGAAAAGAAGGGCGAAAGAUCGCUCGUCGCGCCUGGGCUACAUGUACCUACGAUCGCGAACGAAAGGUGUAAGAUAGUUCCAAAAGACUUUGUUCGAGUUAAUUUGGCCGUUUGGAAGAUGGUGCAAUAAGGUCACGAAAUUAAUUGUUGGUUGAAAAAUAACACUGGCCUGUGGAUCACAAUUCCUUGAAAAAGUUUUACUACUGAACGGUGUACAAGGCCGAGACAAACGUCGAACUUCACUCAUGAGCAAAAUCUAUUGUUCUCGCGUUAGGUUCGCCAUAUAUGAUCUGUAAAGAAUUGCAUACGAAUGUAUCUAAUUUGGGGACAUUUUACCAGGCAUACAAAUAGUGAAAUGGUCUAGUAUAUCUCUUAAACGAUUUCCCCAGAUUCUAAGGUGCCGUGCGGCAAGAUCCGCGACUUAAGUUAUUUUCUAACUGUCGUACAUUUUUUAACCAAUAACAAUCUUAGUUAUACUUCGAAUGAUUAUAUGAAAUAAAUCAAAUCAAACUAAGGAUGAAGAUAUGAAACUAUAGAUGAUCCUCGUAGUUUUUUUUAAAUUAAUAUCCUGAACGCGUGCGGUAGCCUGGGACCAGGCUCGGCAGUCGGGGAAAAAGGCAAAAAAACGGGGUCAAACCACAGGUAACCCAGGCUCUGUGAUAGUACCACAGUACGGUUCCAGUAAAAUUACAGUGUUUAUAUGGGGUAAAAAUAUCAUCCUAAAAUUUCUAGGAAAUACUAAAUAAAGAUCAAUAAAACUUACUCUGCAGUUAAUUGUUGUUGUCCUUAUUGCUCCAACGAAGUUUCGUGAUAAUUUGCAGUAAUUUGUUUAAAUUCACUCUAUCUACAAUAAUAAUAUACAAGGUAGGAAACACGAGGUGCCAUUUUCGCCGACAUGCUCUCAUUCAACACAACGUUUUCCACGAAAUUCGAACUCCAACGGAAAAUAAACAUACCAGGAUCGUAGAAAUAGGACAGCAGUAGAUAUAAAAACCAGUGAAGCUUUCCCAGAUAGAGAAACGAAUCCCACAGACUUUGACAAACUCGAAGAAUAUAAUCCAAACAGACCGAGAAUACGCUCGCCGAAGCAGCCGGGCCAGAUCAACACGCGGCCAAGAAAAUGAAGCCUGGGCACUGUACAAAAAAAAUUCCAUCCCGGGAGUCCUGGGGUGACCUUUCUAGGGACCGAUACAUCAUUUGCCCAAGGCCACCCUCCCCUGCUGGAAAAAUACUUGAUAGAAGGUAAUUGUUCUUCCUAGCCAAUCACCAUUUGCCAGAGCAAACCCCGCACACGCGCCUGAAUUUAAAUGGCUAAAAAAGUAAUAUAAUCAAGAGAGUCUGCGGAGUUACAAGGCGUCCCAUUUCUUUUACUAAGGAAUGCAAAUAACAGUAAUGAAACUAAUGAAAUAACAACGCGAAAUGCUUACAAGGCGGGUUAAAAACAAGGUUGAACAAAAGGUAGAUGAUGACUGAGAUACUGUUGCUGUGAACUCUCAAGCGAAACUAUCGUAAAUAAACGGUGAAGCUUACAAACUAAUGUCAAAAAUUAUACACAAAAUUGCGACAGAAUAUGAAUUGCGAUAACUGAGACGAAUGUGAAAGGCACGUGCACUAGUAAACAAAGAACUAGCGCGAUUAACAUAUUUAGCGAUUAAUGCGGCAGUAACACGCCGACUUCUUGUCAAUACAAGUGAACGCUCUAUCGGUUAAAUAUGUGAAUCAUCGUGAUACACCUCUCUUUGAAUUUGGUCCUGUUGCACAAAUGCCUGGGUAAGAGCCAAAAUUCACUUGUAUCUUUUGCUCGUUUUAAGUUUUGUAAAUCGUCCUUCGUUGUUCUUUCCUUUGCCCUUAUAACCUUGCCCUAUUGAUGUUUGAUAAACUUUCUGAGGACUAGCGCCAGGAGCUGAAUAUAGUUCGAGAGGAAAAUAAUCUCUUUAUAACAGGCCAUAGUGAUUGGCUAGGAAGAACAAUUACUUUCUAUCAAGUAUUUUUCCAGCAGGGGAGGGUGGCCUUGGGCAAAUGAUGUAUCGGUCCCUAGAAAGGUCACCCCAGGCCCCCCGGGAUGGAAUUUUUUUGUACAGUGCCCAGGCUUCAUUUUCUUGGCCGCGCGUUGAUCUGGCCCGGCUGCUUCGGCGAGCGUAUUCUCGGUCUGUUUGGAUUAUAUUCUUCGAGUUUGUCAAAGUCUGUGGGAUUCGUUUCUCUAUCUGGGAAAGCUUCAUUGGUUUCUAUUACUGCUGCUAUCCUAUUUCUACAAUCCUGGCAUGUUUAUUUUCCGUUGGAGUUCGAAUUUCGUGGAAAACGUUGUGUUGAAUGCGAGCAUGUCGGCGAAAAUGGCACCUCGUGUUUCCUACCUUGUAUAUUAUUAUUGUAGAUAGAGUGAAUUUAAACAAAUUACUGCAAAUUAUCACGAAACUUCGUUGGAGCAAUAAGGACAACAACAAUUAACUGCAGAGUAAGUUUUAUUGAUCUUUAUUUAGUAUUUCCUAGAAAUUUUAGGACGAUAUUUUUACCCCAUAUAAACAAUGUCAUUUUACUGGAACCGUACUGUGGUACUAUCACAGAGUCGGGUUACCUGUGGUCAAACAGGAAAAAUAUCGGCGAGGGAAGCGAGCCCAGCGGUGGCCUGGGGAGACUAUCUCUCCGAGCCGAUUUUUUUUCGCUUACGCAGAUUUUUUUUCCCUUUUUCCCUCAAUGCGGAGCCUGGUUCCUGGCUACCCGUACGGUUGUAAAUAACCCUUUUUAGCCCAAUUUUCCCCACUACGGCAAAACCACGGGCAGUCAGUCAAGUUGAGAGAAAUGGGACGACGUCGCACCGUUUUAAGGCUACCAACCCGACUGACUGUCCCUGGGAUUCCGAAGAUGGUUGUUUAUUUAUUUGGGUGGGUCACAUCUACUUUCGGUGUCAGUAACUACAUACGUUUCUGAAUAGAAAAGAAAAAGAUAUUAAAUGAAGCUCCUGUAAUCAUGUUCAACACCAGCUGUGUUCGACUAGAUUUGAACAACCUAUCCUGCUCGGUGGUUAAUGUAAUGCGUUUUCCGUUUUCAAAAUCAUAGACAUUUUUAAAAGCUGACUAUUAAAGGAGCCUUAUGUCACGGAAGUGAAACAAAUUCGAACAAUGGGACUCAUCACCAAAUUGAGUGAAACACAAAAACAUCCACUGAUAAUAUGAAAAGGUGGAAGUGGAACCACGACAUAACGAAAGGCCAAGGGACUGGAAAACUCUGUUCGCUAUAACGAACUUUCGUUAAAUCGAGGUUCUUUUUUAUGUAUUUUACUACUGCUGGGGCAAAAAAUAUCGUUCGUUAUAUCAAGGUUCCAGUGUAUUAACAAAAUGAACUAGGCAGCCAUGAAGCAGCCUCUUUGAUGCCUUCCAAACUUUAUUUGGUUAGUUGUCGAUUUGUCCCUAGUUUUAUGCCGCAUCGUACUGAUAAAAAGUCCUCAGGUACCCUAAUAAUAAUUAUUUUUUGUCUGUCCUUUCUCAGGAGCAGUACGAGUUCUGCUACACGACGUUACAAGAAUAUUUGGAUUCAUUUGAUUUGUACGCUAACUUUCAGUAACGUCCCAGCUUCAGUACUGAAAAAAGUAGCUAGUAUAGGUCGUUGAUAAUUUCCACCAUUGCUAGCAGUAAUUUAAGCUCCCGUUUACUCUGCCGGCCAUCUCGUGCUCAAAGACUGUUAGCAAAAAAGGCUCAGAUAGGCAUCUCCAAACAUCCUACGAUGUGCAAAAUGAUUAUGUAAUACUUUGAGAACUAGCUUCGUGCAAUAAUUUCAGGGCCGGAUAAAUUUAUUUGACUGGGAAGGUUACAGAAUAGUAAAUUCCAGUUCGUUGGUAAUGGCAUAUUAGAUGACUGUUUAAGAAUUUUCGUACCAACUUAUGAGUGUAAGAUAAGAAACUCUUAGACACAAACACUGAAACACUUUAUUCAGUUAAAAAUACUAAAAAGUAAAGAAAGCAGUUAGAGUAAAUGACACUAUAAGAGCAAUCUAUUUUUAUAUGACAAGUGAGAGAGAAAAUGCUUUUGUUAGGCGUUUUGAAGAAUUCUUUUCUAAGAUAAAAACAAAAAAAGUUCUUUCUCCGGAAAUUGAUUUGAGGAGGGAUACAUUUUGCAAGUUGUUGCAUUUUGACGCCAUAAUCUGUGGCUUUUUUUUUAAUGACUACCGAAACUUUGCGACUUUUUUAAUAUUAAAUAGGUUUGUAAGUGAAAUUAGUAUCAGGUAUAAGGGCUGUUUGUGCAAAAGUUGUGGUUGUGGUUUUAGUGCAGCUGUCUCCUACACUCCAGGGAGAAGAGUGCCUUUUUUAAUAUCCUUUUACUGCACUUUAAAAAAAUUCCGCGUUUCUCAAGGAUAACCCUCGAGCAGUAAUCUUACAAUUUAUGUAUUUGUAAAGAUUUCGAAAGGAGAGACUUAGAAUUAGUAGAAUUUAGUAGAGAUCAGGGGCUAUUAGCAGUUUCGUGGCCUAUACUGGAAAGAAAGUGGAGGAGAAACAACCUUUCGUUUUAAUGUUCAGUGGAAUUGAAGAGACCGUAUCUAUUCAAUUAAACGCCUUUUUAAACUUCGUCUGUAUUAUAGUAUUUCUGUUGUUCGAUAUAUUUCGCCUUGGUUGCACAUACGAAAGGGAAUUCUGCAAUCUUUUUUAUU